GAGCAGUGGUGGCAAUGCCAGACUCCCGGUUGCUCGUGGUGGAACACCGGCAAUGCCAAGAGAUGCAAGUGCUGCGGCUUGAAGAAGUCCUGGGCGCAGGUCGUCGGCCAGGACGCCUCGAAUGCUCGUGCACCUUCGAAGCUGCAGGCAGUCGAACUGCUCUUGCAGGGCGGGGCCUCCAAUGCCGAUGCCCGAGUGGACGUGCCAAAACCCUCAACCACCCCAGCGGCCCCCCACAGCACGGAGGACAAGGGUGCCCAGAUCAAGCAGUUGGAGAAUUCCCUUGCGGCCAUUCCGCCAGGCUCCGAGUUCGACGACUUGAGGGCCUCGCUGCAGUCCAAGAUCGCGGCGCUCAAGAGGAGCAUGACGAUGUCGAAGCCCCUCAGCAGUCAACUCGUGUCGUGUCGGGCUGCUGUCGACAGGGCUCAGAGGAGGAAGGCCUUGUGCGAGGAGGCCCUUGCGAAGGCGAAGGCCGCCCUCGACGAGGCCACCAAGGAGUCCAUCACCAAGGCCACCGAGCUGAAGGAGCUCGAGGAGAAAGCCAUGCAGGUCAGCAUGCCGAACUCCCUCGAGGCCUCGACUCAAGCUCUCACGAGGGUCAUCGCCGACAUGAAGGCUUCUCCGGCUAUCCCCCAGGUCCACUUGGCCCAGGCUGAGCAGGAGAUCAUGAAGGUGCUCACGGGCCUCCAGGCUAUUGCGACGGCUGCGUCGGCGACGGCGGCGCAGAAUGCAGCAAUGGCGACGGCAGUACCUCCAGAUACAGCCAUGCCCACCUCCGACGAGCAGGCUAUCAAGCGACGCUUGAGGGGCAAGCAGAACAAUCCGAAUGCGAGCCCGGAUGUCGAGGAGGUUUUCCAGGAGGAGAAGGUGGCGGAG